AUGCCAUCCUCCCGCCCAUGCGCAGCCUUCGAGCCAAUCUCUCCCGACUUCAACGUCAAAGCCCUGGUCGAAUCGACACCCAACUUCGAAUGGGUUGUGCGAAUUCAUUGUGAUAUGAUCGAUCAUCAAGGUCUGGAGAAUUUCGAAAAGCUGGUCCUUAUACAUGUCAUCCUCGGAGGCAAGCCACUCGUGAUUGAAGGAUACGAAACACGACUUGACCGUUGGUCAUUUGCCUUACAAUGGCUGCGAGACAAUUGUGGUUCAAAGGUUGAAACAGCCCGAGACUUGACCAAAAAGACCAAUAUCCCGCUCUCAAUCGCUCACUACCUGAACAACAUGGCUCUGCUCACAAAUCAAUGGUCCAAUCACAACUACAAGGAUGUUGAUCGCCAGCGCAUGUAUCUCAAGGACAUUGAUUGUCCUCAACUCUGGCGUGACAAGCUAUCCGAGAUCCUUCCUCCAUCCCUCUUCUACCUGAACGAAUCCACCGGUGACGUUGGUGGAUUUGGUGCCACUGACGAAGCCGAUCCUCACCGACCUGGCAUGAGGAGAGGAAGAGGUAUCGCCAAAUCUGGUGAUCUCAUGGCUAGUUUGCCCGCUGAGAUGCGCGCUGAGAAUCUCAUGUGCUACAUUGGUCACGAAGGCACAUACACCCCGAGUCACCGAGAAAUGUGUGCCAGUUUGGGUCAGAACAUCAUGGUUGAAGCCUCUUCUGGUAAUAUCGAAGAGGGGAAACCCACAAAGCCUGGUUCAUCGAUCUGGUUCAUGACUGAAUCAAAGGAACGUGAAGUCGUCUCAGAAUAUUGGCUGUCCACAUUGGGUCAUGACAUUGAAGUGGAAAAUCAUUUCGCUCAGAUCAAUGCUUGGAAGAACGCGCCCUUCAAGACAUACGUGGUGGAACAAAAGCCCGGAGACUUCAUCUUGAUCCCACCAUUGGCACCCCAUCAGGUGUGGAACCGAGGUACUCGAACAAUGAAGGUUGCCUGGAAUCGAACUACAGUUGAGACUUUGGAAAUGGCUCUCCACGAAGCUUUGCCUCGUGCACGCAUGGUCUGCCGUGAUGAGCAGUACAAGAACAAAGCCAUCAUCUAUUACACAAUGCAGAAGUACUCUAAACAACUCAAAACAGCCGAAAAGGUCAAGCAGAAGCUUCUGGCCGCCGGACGCCACAUAUCUGGUACUGAUAUCAAAGUCCGGCAAUUGGAAAAGGACUUUCGCCGUCUGCAUAGUCUUUUCACUGAGGUUCUUGUCUCUGAGAGCUUUUCUCGUGCACAGAAAGAACCUCCGGUAGAAAGCUUGACUUACGAUAGCAACAUCACAUGCUCAUAUUGUCGUUGCAACAUCUUCAACCGUUUCCUGACCUGUCCCAGCUGCAUUGAAAAGGUACCUGGCGAUGAUGAUGACACUUAUGAUGUCUGCCUGGAAUGUUAUGCGAUGGGGAGAAGCUGUGCUUGCAUUUCUAAACUCCAAUUCGUCGAACAGUGGCCCUGGGUUGAGUUGGUACAAAAGCAUGAGCAAUGGCGACACCAGAUUCUUGGUUAUGAAGGCAAAAUCACCGAGAAGUCUCCCAUGUCGCUCAAAACCGAGCUUGAUCGUCUCGGUGCCAAACGUACCCUGGCACAGAUAUGCCAAUUGGAAUUAGAGCGUCGCACCUUCCACGAUGUCAAACGUCCUCGGUCUCCCGUGAACCAAUACGAAGAAGACGAUGAUGGUCCCGCGGUCGACGAGAACGGGGUAGCGAAGAAGAAGAAACAAAAGAAGAAGACAGCCAAGUUUAUCCGCGAAAAUGGCCGCUGUCAUGUCGAUGUUCACUGGGAACCCAAGUGGAAGCAGGCAUCAUGUUCUCACUGCGGUAAGAACUGGUGCUAUGGCAGUCUUUUCCGUGCAUACGAUAUGAAACCGCAGGAGAUUCUCGCUGAUCCUGAUUGGCAAUGUCCGAGCUGUCGCAACAUGUGUGGAUGUCGUAUUUGCCGUAACAAGCCCGGUUAUAAACCUUACAUGCCAACUGGUACCAUGUUGGGCCACAACACCAAAAUUGUGGCAGACCCACGGUCAGUGGAGGCGUUGGUGGACUUUUCUCACUCCAACAUUGGAUGGAUUCAAAAGGCCGGUGAUGACAAUGGAGCUAAUAGCCGACGUCUCGAUAAGAGAAGAAAGGCAGCGGACACGGCCAAGGCUCAAGAAACCGAGCUGGGCGACAAUUAUGUGGACGGCGAUGACAGAAGCAACAAUGUUGAAGACAGUAUUUUACGUCUUGCAGCCCAUGAAGGCAUGCCGAUUGACCCUGCUUUAGGAGGUGUGAGUCAAGCCAAUCGCCCCGGAUCAACUGCAGACUCGGACGAGUUUGAUGAGAACCCGGAGGGGGCAAGACCACCUCAAGAGGCAACACCAGCAGACAUUUCCGGUUUUGAAUAUGCUGUGCCUGUUGGUGGUGUCCUACGAGACAUGGAACACGCAUAUGAGAUGACUGAGGCCAUCACUUAUGACUACCCCGAUCCUGAGACUGGACAGAACGUGACCGUCCCGGUCGCAAUUGAAGAAGAGGCAGCUCCUUUGCCCACUGGCUAUGCAUCUGCCCUUGCCGAUGAGAAUGGUGACAUCCAAAUGAUUGACCGCAAACGCAAGCGAAGCAAGUUGGACGAUGGAGAUCGCGCAUUCCAAUACAAGAAGGGGGACACAGGCAAACCUAAGCCGCGUAAAUCCUUGAUUGUGAAACUACAGAUCGACCCGGAAAAAUUGGCGGGUGUCCAGGAUAUGUCUUCCCUGGCACGACAGGCAUUAAAUGGCAUCGAUAUUCCUGCUCCGGUGAUCAGUUCUGACCUACAAGCAUUGAAUGUUGUUGAGGGAAAUUCACAACAGGUGCUCAAGAAAGUACGAAGAGGUCCAGAGCACGUGACAAUUGAGCAUGAUGACGAUUUCACUCCUGGUCGAUAUCGAGAUCGUAGGAAGAUCUUAGCCGAUGGGGGUCCAAGACCGCCGCCAGACUCGGACAUCACACGAAGGCAGACACGAACGCAGAAUGUCCACUAUGAAGAGCUCGAUGAAGAUGAAUUCGAUGAGAUGCUCCCAAAGAACUGGGAUAUGAUGACGAAGAACGCUGCAGAGGCGACGAAAGUGGAUGAUUCGCAGAUGGACAUGGAUGGUCGACACGAAAUUGAGACCUUGUCAGAUGAUGCAGUGAACGAAACUGAACAAUCUGGUGACAAGUUUCGUGAAGAGCCUGUGUCUGGUUCUGGUACACCCAUAUCUUUCAAUCUGGCUCCAAGUGAACGGGCGAGCUCAACACCCAAAUCGUUGGUCGAACCGGUCGCACGACCACCAUCUUUUUCGUCGCUUCGGCCUGCUGGAAUCAAAGGCAAAAUCAACGGUGCAUCCGCAUCCUCAGCCUCGAAAGCCCAGGAUAUUAAAAUGUUAGCCGAGGCACAGGCCAAUCGGAAGGCCAAGAUGGCAGCUAUUGAGUGGCUUGAUAAUGAUAGUGACGAUAUCGACGACGAAUGGUCCCAAGCAUCAUCCGCGGAUGAGCCAUCACCACCAAAGAAACAAUCUGAAGUCAAGAAAGCACCAGUCCCCGCACCAUCGCAGCAACGACUAGAGACCAAGAUAAAACCUGCAGUGGUUCCAUCCAAGCCAGCAAUGACGGUGACUUCCCUCAACAAGGUUUCCACGGAUGCAUGGGGAGAUAGUGAUUCCUCAGACGAUGAACCAAGUUUGAGUAGGGGUUCAGGGUGGGCGAGUGUGAAUACCAAAAAGGUGUCUGUAGCUGCGCCGGCGCCAAUGGUGGCAAAGAAGAGAGGUCGGCCACCAAAGUAUUAG